GUGUAUAAAAGGGAGGGUCCUCAGUUAUGCUAACAAAGCUGGUUAUUCUUUUGCAAGGAAAAAAUGGCUGCAAAGGAUCGUGAAAUGCAGGAGAAGCAGGAGAAAGAAUUUUGUCUAGUUAACAAGGAGUACCUGGCUGAUGAACCAUUCCGAGACAUUCCAAAUCUACAGGCAAAGCUUGAUCAGCUGAAGGACGUGUUUAUGGGAUAUGAUGCCACACACACAGGAGAAAUUGAUUAUCCAACAAUGAGCAGGAUACUGCAGGAGUUUGGGGUUUUCCAAAGCCCCUUGGAGCUCAAGGCGCUGGUCCAGGAAAUCACAGGAAACACAGGCAGCACUGUCCCUUACAAGGACUUCACUAUGGUUAUGCUGGGCCGCAGAUCCACCAUGUGCCAACGGAUCAUGCACUACAAUGGGAAAGGAGGAGGAGCCAUGAAGAGGCCCAGCCUGAUGAAUUCUGGCCCCUGCGUAACCUACUUGGAAUGCACUCUCUCCAGAGUCCCCUCUCCUCUUACCACUCUCCCACCACCACCUCCCCCAUCUCCAGCUGAUGGCUGCUCUGAAACCUAGCCAGCUGCCCAAGAAAUGUGGAGACUGACUCACCUCGUAGGCUGGAGAGCCUGCUGAGAAGGCAAACCAAAUGUACUGUGGUAGAGUGUAUCCAGCUCAGACCUUCCCCAAUAAAGAGCUGCCUAGCAACA